AUGGAGUGCUGUUACGCUACUAAGCUAUCAUCACCAUGCAGUUCUUCUAUCCUUAACCUUCAGGGUUCUUCAUCACCUGUUUGCAACAAAUUGUCUGAAACUUCAGUUCAUUCUCGGUUGCUGUCCUCUCCACUUCCUAAACCAUUUCUUCAACUUAAUGACAGACUGCUGUAUAGGAAAAAAUCAGCUCGUAAAACAUACAGGGGGGCCAUAUUAGCGGAAGCUGGAAAGCAGGGUUGGGACUUCGGCAGGUUUGUGAAAACUUUGUAUUUCUUCAAUGGACCGCCAUCUCCUGCUAAGUUCUUUGAGUUUUUAAUUGAGAAACUAUCCGGUCCAUCACCUAGCGAACCCAAGAAGUCAAUGGCAAGUUCCGGUAUUGUCUUGGUUGUUGGAGCAACAGGUGGUGUUGGGAGAAGAGUAGUUGACAUCUUGCGGAAGAAGGGAUUGCCCAUCCGAGUAUUGGUCAGAAAUGAAGAAAAGGCAAGAAAGAUACUAGGACCAGAUAUUGACUUGAUCAUUGGAGACAUUACUAAAGAGAGCACUUUGCUGCCUGAGUACUUCAAAGGAGUGAGGAAAGUUAUAAAUGCUGCUUCUGUCAUUAUUGGCCCAAAGGAAGGCGACACCCCAGAAAGGGCAAAAUAUAGUCAAGGAAUCAAGUUCUUCGAACCAGAGAUUAAAGGUGAUUCACCUGAAAUGGUGGAGUUUGUCGGGAUGAGAAAUUUGAUUAAUGCUGUAAAGGGGAGUGUUGGCCUUCGAAAUGGGGUACUGCUAUUUGGAUGUGAAGAUAAUGGUUUUAGAGAUCUCGCUUGGGGUGCUUUAGAUGAUGUUGUGAUGGGAGGAGUUAGUGAAAGCACAUUUUUAAUUGAUACAACUGGAGGGGAAAAUGGUGGACCAACUGGGGUGUUUAAAGGCAUUGUUUCAACUACGAACAAUGGUGGCUUCACGAGUAUCAGAACUAAGAAUUCUUCAGCACCUGAGGAUCUUUCUGCAUAUGAUGGUUUGGAGCUACGCCUUAAAGGUGAUGGACGUCGGUAUAAAUUUAUUGUUCGCACUAGUCGUGAUUGGGACACUGUUGGCUAUACAGCAAGCUUUGACACUGCAGAAGGUCAAUGGCAAUCAAUACGCCUGCCUUUUUCUUCUUUGAUCCCUGUAUUCCGAGCUCGAACUGUACCAGAUGGUCCCCCUUUUGAUCCAAGUAGCAUUGUCUCACUGCAGCUUAUGUUCAGCAAGUUUGAGUACGAUGGGAAAUUGAAUCCAACUUUUUUAGAAGGACCAUUUCAGCUUCCUGUAUCAAGCAUAAGGACAUUUAUCAAGGAUCCUGUAACUCCCAGGUUUGUGCAUGUGAGCUCUGCAGGAGUUACCAGACCAGAUCGACCUGGUCUUGAUCUCAGCAAACAACCUCCUGCUGUCCGCUUGAACAAGGAACUAGGUUUUAUCCUCACAUUCAAGUUGAAGGGAGAAGAUUUGAUACGUGAAAGUGGUAUCCCAUAUGCAAUUGUUAGACCUUGUGCUUUAACUGAGGAGCCUGCUGGAGCAGAUCUCAUUUUCGAUCAAGGAGACAAUAUAACGGGUAAAAUAUCGAGGGAAGAGGUUGCUCGGAUAUGCAUUGCUGCCUUGGAGAGCCCAUAUGUAUGUGACAAGACAUUUGAGGUCACAAGCGUGAUUCCUUUCAGUGAACCAUUCACAGUAGAUCCAGAAAAUCCACCGCCUGAGAAGGAUUACAACAUCUAUUUUAAAAAUUUGAAGGAUGGCAUCACAGGGAAAGAAUUGCUAGAACAAAGUCCUGUUCUUGUCUGA